UUGAGCAAGAUGGUUGGAGAAAAAAGAACGGGGCGCGAGCGAGCGCGUGAUUUUUUUUUUAGGGAGAUUUUCUGAAGUCUGAACGUCUUCAAUUCUGCUCAAUUGAGUUCCCGGGAUUAACAUGGUGAUGGUCGGUGAAGGAGGGGGGAUACGGUGGCGACCUCUUCGUUGUUUAAACUAGUCUAGCCUUUUCUCAACAACGGGCAAAUCUGAAAAAGGAGAGGUUAAGGUUCUGUGAGUGAUAAAGAAGAUUAUUGGAAUUUGCAGGUGAUGUGCCAUGUGAAUGACUGAGAACCACCAUGAAGCCCUCACACAAGCUGCUGUUCGUCCUGUGCCCCAUGCUGGUCCUGGGCUUCAUCUACUACUCCUCUGGGAAGCUACACCUGCACGUAUGGGGCCAGAAGCCACAGUUGGAAGCGGAAAUUGCUCUCACCGUGGGACGAAUAGUAGGCUCAGUGUAUGAUAAGCAGGGCUUUCUGCUGAAGCUGGAUGGACAGUUGCCAGCGGAGUUGGUGUACAAGUAUGGCAACCUCAGCGAAGGAGUUUGCAAGCCGGGCUACGCAGCGGCCAAGAUGACCGCCAUCUAUCCAAAGUUCAUGAAGCCAGCUCCCAUGUUUCUCGACCGGAACUUCAAGCGGCUGGCCAAAGUCCGCAAUUACUUGCCUCCAUUUGGAUUCAAAACACAAGAAAGAAUCAUAGACAGUAUUCUAACUGCAACAAAGAACUAUGGCUUGGGUGAAGUCCUUGACAGUCUUGGUUGUAAAAGAUGCAUUAUUGUGGGCAAUGGUGGUAUCCUGGCCAACAAGUCUUUGGGCUCGCGCAUAGAUGAUUACGACAUUGUGGUGAGGUUGAACGAGGCUCCUGUGACUGGUUUCGGCAAGGACGUGGGCACCAAGACCACCAUGCGCAUCACCUACCCUGAGGGGGCCAUUCAGAAGCCUGAGCGCUACGAAAAGGACUCACUAUUCGUCUUCUCCGCCUUCAAACCGCUGGACUUCAAGUGGCUCAGACAAAUGGUCUUCAAAGAGAAACUGCGGGGUACAGAGGGCUUCUGGAAGUCUGUGGCACACUACGUCCCCAGGGAGCCCACAGAGAUGCGCAUCCUCAACCCCUACUUCAUCCAGGAGGCUGCCUUCCAGUUCAUCGGCCUGCCGCUCAAUAACGGCCUCAUGGGCAAAGGGAACAUUCCAACCCUGGGGACCGUCGCCAUAACAAUGGCGCUGCAUAACUGUGAUGAGGUGGUGGUGGCUGGCUUCGGUUAUGACAUGAACAUGCCUCACGCACCCUUGCACUACUACGAAACAGUCAAGAUGUCCGCCAUCAAAGAGUCCUGGACACACAACAUAUCCAAGGAGAAGGAGUUCCUCCGCAAGCUGGUGAAGGCCAACAUCAUCACGGACCUGACUAACGGGAUCUGAGUCUGACCAUCCAAGAGGUUUGCCUUUUCCCAAAAGAACUACAGAACAGAGGAUGCUGGGAAUGAACCUGGGUGGUGGUGGUGGGGGGGGAGGGGGAAGAGGACCCUUAGAACCCAGACCCUGGUGGUCUGCACACUGUCUGAGUUUUUAUGUAGAGGAGAUUUAAGCGGAUGACUCGAAGGAAAGGCGCACAUAUGUGCCUUCUGACCCAGAGGCUCCUGUCUGACACAGCCAGGAGGGACGGGCAUGGAUCGAACGCCAGUGAGCGGACAAUUGGACAACCGCGUUUACCGUUUUGAAACCAGCGAGCAUCGAAUGAAACAUGAGUGGUAUGGAAGAGGAGGACGGAAGGUCUGACAGACAGAUGUAGAGACUGACAGACUGCAAGAGAGAGACAGGGACAGAUAGUUACAGCAGUGCCAAAUGUACCUCGUUACAAUGGGGGGAGGAGAAUAACUCUCCCUCUACUGCCUGAAUGUAUUUACUUCAACAGUUUAAAUGUCAAAGAUUUUUACUAUGCUUUUUAACAAGCUCCAGCGACCUCCACCCCAUCCCCAGUUCUCUCAGUACUGUCUUUCCCAGCGAGCCUCCUUCCAGGCCUGGCGGGGAGAAACCUUUUUCAAACCUCUAUCUCCCCCUUCUCACUUCCAUAUCGGCAGGCGUUUGAGGCCACCGUGCAUUUUGAGAUGAGCAUUUUGGAUUUUAACAGGAAGUUUAAACCUGGAUUAUUUUAUCUUGGUUGAAUUUAUUUAUAAUUUAAGGCUGAUAGAGCACUAACUUUCUUUUCCGUCUAACAGUUCGCCAUAACUUGCUUCCUCAAUGACAUGUUGUUGAGUAGAUGUCCCUCAAAUCCUAGUAUUUCUAUUAUGGCUCUUCAAAAAGUGUUGUGAAUACCAUUAUGUGAGCGGUGGGGCAGCAGCCUAGGCCUAGGUUACCAGCCACGCAGCGAGCGUGGCGAUGGGAACUCUCCAUUAUUUGUGUGGUGCUGAGAAACAUUCCUAAUUUGUCCACGUGCAGAGCUUAUGUUCCCUUCCGCCAUGAAACUAUAUGUUGCCAAGUUUAUUUUCCCUGACUCGUAGCACAAUCGAAAAUUGUUAGCUUAACCUUUAUUUUUUAUUUCUCCUGUUAUGAUGGUUGAAUAUACACCAUCAUGGAAACAGUGAAAUGCCCGUUUUAGAGACAACAACCUGGUAGAUGGAUACACAUUUAAAGGGCAAGCAGGUGUUUGUUUACGAUAAUUAUGUUUAUUAUCAGUUAAUUAUUACAUGAAUUAACCUUGCACAGGCUAUAUAAAGUUUCAAUCUGUGGCUGGUAAAAGUUUGAGUAGCCAAUUUUUGCAGCCUUAUAGCCUAUUCGAAUCUGGGAAUUGUUUGUUUCAAAUUAAACAAUAUUGAAUGUAAAGGUAUUGUUUUAUGUCGGCUGUAGGCUUUCAUCAGUUAAGAAGGCUAAUUGGAAGGCUCUUUUUAAAAGCGAUUUGAGUUAAUGUGCUGCAUUGUGAAUUAUAAGAGAGGUUUAUCAUUCUUAGUUCAUGGCAUUCUUUUAUCCAAAUCUUGAAUAGACAUGCAGACAAAUUAAUACAGGGAAGGGGAACACCUAUUACCCUCCUACUCUGGAGUCAUAAAAACAAUUUAAAUAUAUACUUUUUUUGGCGGGUCACGGAUCGGCUCUCUGAACAAUUCUAUGUGGUUGGUUCGGGUUGUGGAGAAAAAUCUGUCCUGAUGUCAAAUAUCGGUUGGAGCUCGGAAUUGUUGUGCCUGACCCUUGCAAGAUUGCAGUAAAUUAUCCACAGGAGUUGUAUUAUAAUAUCCUUUUGACUUGCAAUACUGGUAUUACAAUGUGAAAGCUUACUGGUCCCAAGUUUCUCAGCAAAAAAAACGUCCAUUUAUUUGUUGUUGUUAGUUACAGUUAAGUAUUUAAGUGUUUCUCUGUGCACUGCAGUGGUUCAGUAUUGACCAGAUAAGACCACGCUAUGGUUGCAUUUUCUGCCUCCCUCGCCGCUUCCCUCAACAUCUUCAACAAAACUUAAGAAUGUAAUUUUUAAGAUUUGAAUAUUUAAAAAUGUACCGAAUGUAAUAAUCAGCUUUAUAUGGUGAAUUUUAUUCUGGCAUACGUUUUUUGUUUGUACCUUUUUUGGGGUGACAUUUGAGGUUUUUUUUGAAAGUCAGUCAUUUUCUAUGAGACUUUUUCAAUUAAUAAGAUUUUUUUUUGUGCUUCCUGGACUGGACAGGAAUUUA